ACAUAUUAAGAUGGCACACAUCUCACUUGUGGAUCUAUCGAGCGGCACAAGGCAUAAGAUAAAAUAAAAAGGAGAAUAAAAUAAAAUAUCUCAAACAAGAGAAAUGUUAAAAUCACAAUUUCAUGAAGGAAACAGUUCUGUAAUUAUAAGACUAAAUGUGAAAUCCUGAAAAAGGAAAUUCUCUCAAGACCCUGAGGAAGACGAUUGAAAAGCAGUGGUGACCGUGGUGGGUGACUUACCCCAUGGCAAAGUGCCAAGGGGUUAGUGGCAUCAUCGUCGUUACCAUGGUUACCACCUUGAUGCUGGUGUACAACAGCAUCUCCGGUGACAGGUCCUCGUCAGCGUCUUCUCGCCGGUUGGAUGCUCCGGCUCCGUCCACGAAGAGACCAGAUAAGCCGCCGAAACUCCCGGUGUCAACUCUGGAGGGCUACGCAGGUGUCAUGGAUCACAAGCCUCUCAAAAUGCACUGCGGGACUUGUGCCUUGGUGACCAGCUCCGGUCAGCUGACUGGGAGCAAGAAAGGCGAAGAAAUCGACCGAUCCGAGUGCGUCAUCCGUAUGAACGAUGCUCCCAGCGUAGGAUAUCAGCGGGAUGUCGGCCGGCGGACAAGUCUGCGUGUUGUAGCUCACUCCAGCCUGCAGAGGGUGCUGCGAAGCCGACAGGAGCUGCUCAACGCCAGUCAAGACACCGUGUUCAUCUUCUGGGGACCAAGCAGCUGCAUGAAGCGGGACGGGAAAGGCCACGUUUACAACAACCUGAGGCUGUUAAACCAGCUGCUGCCCAAACUGAAAGUCUACAUUAUUUCCCGUUUCAAGAUGCUGAAGUUUGAUGAAUUAUUCAAGAAGGAAACCGGGAUUGAUAGGAAGAGUUCCAACUCCUGGCUGAGUACCGGCUGGUUCACCAUGGCCAUCGCUCUGGAGCUGUGCGACCGGAUCAACGUUUAUGGCAUGGUGCCCCCAGAUUUCUGCAGAUCCUCCUCCCAUCCCACCAAACCAUAUCAUUACUACGAGCCCUCGGGGCCCGACGAGUGCUCCAUGUAUCUCUCCCACGAGAGGAGCCGACGAGGAAGCCACCACCGCUUCAUCACCGAGAAGACGGUGUUUGCAAACUGGGCCCGAACCCUCAACAUCCGCUUCUACCAGCCCGACUGGAAACCCGCCGCCGUCGUGUCCAACACAAACAGCUCGAACAUCCCGGUUCCAGCUGGAUCCUGAGACUCACUCCAGAGACCAGAGGAGUGGAAUAUGAGAGUGGACAGCUUCCAGUGUGCAGAUUCUCCCCUCUUCUCUGGGCGGUGUAAACACAUGAGACAGCGGUGGGACAGAACAAGCUGCUGCUUGUGGCUGUUAGCUGACCGUCUAAGCAGCUUGGCAGAAUGGGAUCAUUGCAUAACAGCAGCACAAAGCAUCAACAGUGUUUUGGAAGUGUAACUCUAACAGGAUGAAUUUCAUACUGGAAUCAAAGCCAUGGCUCAAGUGUGAGUCAUUUUUUCCCCCCUUUCUUUUAUUUUUAAACAUCGCCUAGAGCCGCUUCAAAAACACUUGAGCUGUCAGAGAGGAGGCAGACAAAGAAAAAGCACAACCGCAGUAUGGACAAUCUGUUGUUGUUGAUUAGAACUGAAUACAGAUUCUGUUGAGUAUUGUGUUGGUGACAUUUAGGAUAAUCAGAAUAAGAAUUUCCUGGGUGGUUUCUGUCUCGUAAAAAUGGAUAUUUCAUUUUAACAAUAACAAUACAGCAGUUAGAAAUAUCAACUCACUACACGUUCGAACACAAAAUGUACAAAACAUGUGACUGAACAGUUAAAAUAAAGGAAGAAUGUGUCUACAA